AUGUUCGGGAUGGAGGUAUUCUGCACAUUUCCAAGCAACUACGUGGAAGCUCAGAAACAUGGAAAUGAGAGAAGGAUCACAAUAGGAGAUUUUAAUUCUCAAGCACGACGGGGACGAAACCCUCUAGACAGGGAAACAUACUUGGAGAAGAUAAGGAUGAUCAUAACCAUUAUGGAGAAGACAUGCAGCUACUACAAUGGAGCCAAAACCAUUCAGCCAUUCAUUAUAGAGGUUAUGGUAACAUUGUGCAAUGUGCUUGAAGUCAUGAGUGACUGGUUUGUGGAUGAUGAGGGGUCGUGGUUUAGUACUGGGCAAGUGUGGACAGCUGAGUCUGGAUCGUCGAGCUCAGAACCGUCGAGCAAUUCGGAGCACUGGAUCGUAGUGACGGACUUGGAACAGCAGACACUAACAGAUCAUGAUAGCAGCAGUGAUUGGGACGAGGACGUAUAUCUUAUGCCGAGAGACAACGUGCAGCCCAGCACAAUGGUGAAUGAGUAUGGCGAACACAUGACUUGGCCAGUACAUUACCCUGAGGAGGAGAGAGUAGUGCCAUCUACUCAGAUCAUAGAGAUCAGUUCAGGCGAGACUACACCAAACUCUUGGGAUAGAGAUAGUCCACCAAGUGUUCUACCGCAUAUACCAAUGCCGCAUGUAUUUGCACCGGGAGAAAGCAAUGAUCCAGCCGUUGCAGUUCAAGUCAAUAGUGAAGUCUUCACAAACCAACCUGAAGAACCGGAUACGCCGGAACCAACAUGGGAGGAUUAUCUUGGACACCAGAACGUAUCACCCACGUACUGGACAAGGAAACUCAACGAGAUCGCUGGAUACACAUCAUCAAUGGAGCAUGGAGAAGGAAGCAUACCUCAAGAUCAAGGAGAAGCUAAUGCAAUGUGGUGUACAAUGUAUGGAGAACAAGAUGCACCAAACUCGGUGGCAGGCAAUGAAUAUCAAAUACCGGAUCUUAACCAAACCACGGAGGAAGGUACCGGAGAGAAUGAAUGGCCACAAGAUGAUGAAGGUCUUAACUUAGCAAGAAGGUGGGACGAGAUAAUCGCCACAGAAUUGGAGAAUCUCAGAACAGAGGGUAAUGGCCAAGAGCAAACUGUGUCACGCCAAAGGGGAAGGCCUCCCAGAAGACUCGCGAGGAUGAGAGUCCCAGCACCGUCUCAAGUCACGCUACCAUGCGAUCAAUGUGGAAGGACGGGACAUCAUAGCCGAGCAUGUCCCAAUGUGCGAGCUAGAUCAAGGAUGAAUGAAAGGCAGAACAUUUGCCUUACUUGUGGAGAGAAAGGCCAUUUCUCAGCAGACUGUCCAAGGAACUGCCCCAGUACUAGUCAACCCACCCGCUCAACCACAAGGAGAGAGAGGCGACCAGGGAGUGGAAGCCGUAGAAUGUAA